AUGCAGGCCCAUGAACUGUCAUCAGGGAGGGUCGAAUCUCGGCAGAGACCUCCUGUUGACAGGAGCCAGACCGUUCCUGCAAAGAUCCUCAUUCCACCAGAACCGGUUGGAGGAGCAUGGCUGCGAAGAGAGGUGGAGAAUGCAGGAAGGCCGGUCUCGUUCGACUCCUCAAACAUGGGUCAUAUGGUUGAUUACCGUGGGAAUCAAGACUUGGAUUUCAGGAACACCAUCCCCCCGAGGGCUUCUCAGUUCACAUCGUUCAACACUCCUGGGAAUGCAGUGAUGGGAUCGGGCAUGCACGGAGCUGCGCAGUCGAGCGCAAUCAGGAACGAACGAUGGCACGAGCAUCGCAGUAUCGGGGACGACUUUAGGAGGAUGGAGCAAAUCGAGUACCUGAGGCACCAGCAGCGACAGCAAUCGCACCUGUCUUCACCUCAAUCACCUCAAUCUCCUCAUCCUUCACAUCCUGUUCAGUAUUUCCACGAGUCGUCUCAACUGUUGGGAGCGAUACAGCACACUGCCCCAACCGUGCACGCGCCUGCCCCUGUAAAAGCAGAAGAUCCGCAUCUCAAGGAGCUAGUGGAGGAACUAGACCAGCUCUUUCAGAUGUACUGCAUGCAUCCCGUCGGCAAGGAGGUCUGGGACACUUUGAUCCAGGAUGCAGACGGGCUGGUGGACAAGUUUGAGAUGGAGUCUCGUCUACAAGCUUGCGAGCUCGGGUUGCAGCAGGUGAGGGCAAGGGGAGGGUUGGAACUUUGUCUCCUCAACUAUGCCGGUCUUGAUCAGGUUCAGCAACAAGUGGAGGAAGGAAAGUUGGAGGACAUGUCAAUAUCGCAGGUGCUCUUGGAGAUAUGA